AUGCUGGAAGAUUUGUUUGGUAUCAAAGCCCCAUCCGGCGGCCAAAAUUCUACUACAAAGGGGAUCGAACCCCAUCCCAGGAAUAUUUCGCACUCUCCUGAUCAUAAAUUUAACGUUCAUUCACGAUGUCAGACACCUUCAACCUCUUCACACUCAUCCUGUUGCUCUUCACCAGGUCAUGCCCACGUUUGUCGGCAUGCAACUCUGCCCGCAACGAUAUCUUCCUUGUACUCGUCUGAUUCGGGAAUUCCUCAGCCAACUUUCAAAGUGUCUGAUAAAAUGCACUGUUUCCGAUUGGUGGUUCUACAAGAUGCCGGAAUUCGUAAGAAGCAGACUCUAUUUGAUUCUGCACUUGGAAUUACGGGCGCAGUGCAAAAUCGUCCGAAUUCCUCCAUGUAUCAAAAGUUAAACAAGUCACUUUAUCAUUCCAUGAACGAACUUUCAACUUACAUGUUUGGUUACUAUGGUAUACUCAUGAGCGAAGCCUACGGUGUGACGAAAAUGCACUACCUUCCUGGUUUGCCAUCGAUGCCUCAUUCGAUUCUUGUCACCAGAAUGUUUUCCUUGGAUUCUACGUUCGAAACAACCAUUCCGCAUAAUGAUCAUGCUGCUUCUGACUGGGAUCCUACUCCUUGUGAAAACUCCGCCGAUUAUCCGUCUAAUGCCAAUAAUUCGACCCGGUUUGGUAUUGGGUUUGUUAUUCCUGCGGGGAAUGACUUUAGAAGUGUCGAAGAAGAGAUUACAGACAAUUGGAAAGAGAUUUCCCAUCACAUUAUUCUAGUUCAGAAGGCUAUCAUCAAACUGUUGAAGAAAAAUUAUAAACCCCAAACCAAUAGAAAUCAUAGAACCAGCAAAAAUGCUGUUUAUGGUUAUAAUUCAUGUCCAACUGUUGCAGCAGGCAGUACACUCAUGACAUCUCGUCUUUCUGCUUUUCCCUCGUACUUCCUACAAUCGAACUUCGAGUUGAAUCAUCAGUUUCACUUGUUGGUAAGAUGCAUUCAGCAUUUAGUUGAUGUUCCUCGUUUGCUCAUCGACUUGAAGGAAUCCGAUCAGGAACUUAUAGAAUGGAGCUCAACAGUUGCAUCCUGGCUAGAAUUGAAGGAUGGAUCUUUUACUGCUUCCGAUUUUCCAUGGCCAUUUGAAGAUCGCACUAGUGGUCUAACAUCGAGGUCUCAUCUAAAAUUUCUUGCCAGCCUUAUUGCUGUUCUCCUUCCUGAAAGAGAUAGCAUAUUCAGAACUGCGGCAAGUCGUAAGAUGAAGAAAUCCUGUAGGGUUGUCAUUGUUACGGGCAAUCCGAUGGUUUCCGAGAAGCUAAUAUUUAUCAUUGCUGGCCUUCUUGGUUACCAAAGGUACAUUCUUCAUUCGAAGGACAUGCCUACAGAGAGUACUGAAAGUAUCAAGGCAGUCAGACCAUCCUCUGGUUCAUCCUCAUCAUCCUCUUCCAUUUCAGAAGAAACCACUCAUCAUAUUCCAGUACCAUCAGAAAGGAAGGUGGGACUUCCAGAGCCUAAAACUGGUCUUUCGGUCAGCUUCACUCAUGACAAAGUCAUGCCUAUAUCUAUUUGCUCCAAGGCAUCCCUUUCAGGCAUAUCUUCGGAAAGCAGUACACCUUCAGAAUCUUCUUCAGUUGGUUCUGGCAUUAUAAUCGGGAAAAGUUUUCAACCCUCAAGUAGAGUUCUACCGUUGAUAUCAAAUUCCCCAACGGUUAAUGCUCUGAGUACUGUCACCGCUAAACGAAUCAGUAUACCUCGGCUUCGCAGAGAAUCGUCUUACGCUUCUUUACAGAACAUAUCCAGUUCUUAUGGAGGCCCACACCAAUCUACAUACGGAUCCUCAUCUUCUUGGAGAAGUGCUUUAAACUUUGGAUCGUUUAUGGAGCACUGGAAGCUUGGAGGUGCAAAAUCUAGAACUACAAGUGUGACUAACAGUCCAUCAAGACCAGAAUUCCCUCUUGGAAAUGACCGCACGCCAUCUCCAAUGGCUGAAUACAAUGAAUUUCCUUGGAGAUCAAAUGUUCCAGGUACGCCAUUGAGCAGAACGCAUACCGGUAAUAAUUCCUCUUCGUCCUCUCCUCAUUCAUCCGGCUUGCUUUUUGAGCGUCCUAAAUUUAAAGGUUCGUCGGUAUUUAAUAAGAGUCUGUACCCAUACGAUAGCAGGCAUAAAAUUCAUGUUCCAAGAACAACGACGAAGCUCACUGGACCCUCUGGUCGGCAAUUAGAGUUUGUGAGGAAAUCCGUGUCUGCUAUUUUGAGUGACGAUCUGUCCCUGGAGUACGAAACUAUGGGUGAUCGUUCAUCGGUUCUUAUAGUGAACAAGCCUGUUCCGGCGGAUCCUGGUGCCAGUAAUGCUGAUGUAAUAUCAAAUAAAGACGCAAAGCUUCCCCCAUUAGUCGGCUACAUUGACAGAUAUGCUCCUGAAUUUACCUUGAUGUCCUGCCCUCAAACUCCAAACGUGAAUAAUUCAAUCACCGAGUCCAUGUAUGAUGAUGUUUAUCAAAUGGGUCAUGGUUCACAAUCCCACACAUAUGUGGUGAAUCUUAGGCAAAGAGAGAUAAAACGCAUCACUGUCAGGUAUCCAACAAUAUCGGAUAAUUCGCCUAAAUUGGAGCAGGGUUCGCAGAUAUCUUCACCUUCCAAACUUUCACAAAACUUGAAGAAAUCCCAACCUGUGUCUAGGUUGACUGAUGUUCUUCAAAAGAGUGUUCUUAGACCGGAAGUCAGCAUCCUCUUCUCACCCCUUUCACAGGGAGGUAAACGUGGAUAUGAGGAUGGUUUAUCUGCAGACACAUAUGCAGACUCACCAACAUCACCAUUUAUCGAUCACAUAGACCAUGUCUUGAAUGAGAUUUCUCAAAUUGUGAAUGGUUUCCGCUUUACGGAGUCAAGAGAAAGGGCACCAUCAACAUCUCAAAGUGUAUCCACAUUUGAGACUGCUAAGGGUUGUGCACAGCAGACCACCACCACAAAAGAAGCUUGCUGUCAAGAUCUAAGGCGUCUUUUAGGAUCUAUAACCAGCUGGUGA